CCGAUAUCCCGCCCGAUGUGCAUUCUAAACAUAGACUGAUAUACGAAGGUACAGAUAACCGUUACAGUUUUCUUUAAAACUAUAAAUAAGGGGCUUUUUCUUAACAAUUGAGUCUUAACAUUUUAUAUAAAGUUUUUACUUUUUCAAAUUUUAGUAACAAUUAGUUUAUAAGUAUGAAAACUAGUACUUUAAUUAAUAUAUUAGCUACUUGUUUAGCUACAACUAAUGCUUUAUCAAUUAAUGCUUGGUUUAAACAACAAAUAAUUGAUGAUAAUGUUGUUGUUAUUGGUGAAGAAGUUGAACCAACUAACAUUUUUGAUCAAUUGGCACAAUCACUUGGUGGAGCUAAAGAAGCUUUAACUCCAGAAGUUAGAGCUGCUUGGAAAGAUAUGGAAGCUAGAUUAGGUUCUAAAGCUUUAAAGAAGAAAGUUGAAGAAUAUAAUUCAAAAGCUAGUCAAAUUACUAAUAGAUUAAAGGAUGUUUCUAAGAUAUUUGAAAGUUCUUCUCAACAAUUUGAAUCCUUAUCUAAUGAGAAGUUUAAUGGUUAUUCCUUAAGAACUAAGAAAACCAAUCCAGAAGUAUUAGGUUUAGAUACUGUUAAUCAAUAUACUGGUUAUUUAGAUGUUGAUAGCUUAGAUAAACAUUUCUUCUAUUGGUUUUUUGAAUCAAGAAAUGAUCCAAAGAAUGAUCCUAUUAUUUUAUGGUUAAAUGGUGGUCCAGGUUGUUCUUCUUCUACUGGAUUAUUUUUUGAAUUGGGUCCAAGUUCAAUUAAUGCUACUUUACAACCUGUUUAUAAUCCAUAUUCAUGGAAUUCUAAUGCUUCAGUUAUUUUCUUAGAUCAACCAGUUGGUGUUGGAUAUUCAUACACUGGUGGUGAACAAGUUGGUGAUACUGCUACUGCUGGUAAAGAUGUAUUUGUAUUUUUAGAAUUAUUCUUUCAAAAAUUCCCUCAAUUUAUUUCAAAUAAAUUCCAUAUUGCUGGUGAAUCUUAUGCUGGUCAUUAUAUUCCAAAAUUUGCUUCUGAAAUUAUUAAUCGUGCUGAUAGAAGUUUUGAUUUAACAUCUGUUUUAAUUGGUAAUGGUAUCACUGAUCCAGUUAUUCAAGCUGCUUCUUAUAAACCAAUGGCAUGUGGUGAAGGUGGUUAUAAACCAGUUUUAGAAGAAGAACAAUGUGAACAAUUAGAAAAAGAUUAUCCAAAGUGUAAAGUUUUAGGAGAAAUAUGUUAUAAAUUUCAAACUGCUUUAACAUGUAUUGCCGCUCAAUUUUAUUGUGAUACUAAAUUAUUUCAACCAUACGCUCAAACUGGAUUAAAUCCAUAUGAUAUCAGAGUUCCAUGUGCUGAUGCAGGUGGUAAUUGUUAUACUGGAAUGGAUUAUACGGAUGAUUAUUUAAAUCUUGAUUAUGUUAAAGAAGCUGUUGGAGCAUCAAAUAUUGAUAUUUUUACUGGUUGUGAUGAUACUGUUUAUAGGAAUUUUAUAUUCAGUGGUGAUGAAGCUAAACCACAUCAACAAUAUGUUGCUGAAUUAAUUGAAAAGGGUGUUCCAGUCUUAUUAUAUGCUGGAGAUAAGGAUUAUAUUUGUAAUUGGUUAGGUAAUCAUGCAUGGUCAGAUGCUUUAGAUUAUGAAGAUCAUGAAUCAUUUGAAUCCCAAGCUUUAAAACCAUGGUAUACUGCUGAAAAUAAAUUAGCUGGUGAAGUUAAGAAUUAUAAGAAGUUUACUUUCUUAAGAGUUUAUGAUGCCGGUCAUAUGGUACCAUAUGAUCAACCAGCUGCUGCUUUAGAUAUGGUUAAUAGAUGGGUUGCUGGUGAUUAUUCCUUUGGAUAUUAGACCCUAUUAAUUAUCAACAGAUUUAGUGUGAUACGUUUUUUUCUCUUUAUACUAGUAUUUAUAUAAUGUACGUUUUAAGUCAUU